CUCGAACCCUCACCGCAAUCGCAUUUUCUCUUUUUGCUUGUUGGCUUGUUUGUUGGUGUUACUGUUUUUGAUAUUGUGAAACCACAAUGCGAAUUGAUUGAUCGAUUUCCACGUUUUGCAUUAUUUUCUCGUGUAAACAAUUGUAUAACAGCAGUUCAAACACAGUCAAAAUGAUGGACGACGCGAUGGAAAUGUCAUUAGAUGACAUCAUAAAACAGAGUCAAAUUGGCAAAAACAACCAAGGGAAAAACCGUAACUAUAACCAGGGCGUAAACAAACCCUAUAACCAAGGAAAACAAAAUUAUAAUCAGAAUAGAAACUACAAUAAUCAAAAUGGAAAUAACCGGAAUUUUAACCACGGCAAUAGAAACGGUCAGAUGAACCAAGGAAAUCAAAACCAUAAUAUGAACCGUAAUAACCAGGGUAUGAACCGGAAUCACCAGGGUGGCAUGAACCAAGGCAACCGUAACUGGAACCAGGGAAACAUGAACCGGGGACGGUCCCAGUCACGGGCAAGAUCACGCAGCCGCUCACGGUCCAGAUCUCGCUUCUCCCGCGAGGGUUCCCAAGCUCGCUCGCAGCGCUCCCAGUCUCGCGCGCGCUCGCAAUCUCGCGCGCGCUCGCGAUCUCGCCGGGGCUCGAGAUCCCGGUCUCGCUCGCGCUCGAGAUCAAAGUUCACGCCGCGAGGUCGCGCCGGGCUGGAUGAGCCUGUUAACGGUAUUCCUGACCUUGUGCGGGUUGGGAAUUAUUCAGGCGGCUUCCAGAACCGAAACAACAACUAUCGGCAAAAUUCACGCCCAAACUACGACUCUGACUUGACCGUGAGCAUCGGCAACGAUUUCGGUCAGCGUCGCAACCAGAACUAUCUCAACAAAAAAUCGCUCAACCAGCUCAACAACCAAUAUAAUAACCAAGGUUACAAAAAAGGGCCAGGCUCCACCGGAUCCAAUAGAUCCAACUACUCAAAUAGAUCUAAUCGGUCAAACAAAUCGUUCAACAACUCAAAUAAGUCAUUCAACAACUCAAAUAAGUCGUUCAACAACUCAAAUAAAUCGUUCAACAACUCAAAUAAGUCAUUCAACUCCAAUAAAUCGUUCGGAAAUCGACAGAAACAGCCGUUUUCAAAGCAAAUGUUGGAUCCUGAGCUUCAGAAGGAAAUAGCAGCGAUACAGAAGAAGAUUCCGGGGACUAUAGUUAUUCCUAGCGGAGUAGAUUUCGCGCCAACACCGGCGACUACGUUGAUGACGCUUCAUGAGAGAUUUGGAUCAUAAGGUGACCUCCCUAAACCACCGUAAGGGAAUUAUAGUGUGUAGCUUUCAAAUAGAGCUCGACGGCUAAUCCUAUUGUCUAUUGUUAAGUAAAACCACACGUGCUACUUACCUGCAAAAAAGUGUCGUCAUUAUUCUAUUUGGCACCUGAGCGCAGGCUAGUCCAACGCUCAAAAAACCAGUGCAGGUGCGCUCUCCGAUAACGCGCCUUUGUUACGCAUCUCGAUGACGCAUUUUAGACUGGUUUUGUAGCGUUCGACUCGCCGGCACUCAGUAACCGAAGUACGUAUUUUUUAUGCAGGUGGUUGUGGCACGUGGCACGAGCGGUUUUACUUAAACAAUAGCCAAUAGGAUUAGCCGUCGAGCUCUAUUUGAAAGCUACACACUAUACAUAUUAAAUACAUAAUUAUAAUAACGGCACGUACAAAAAGCAACACUCGUAACUGUCCAUCGGUGGACCUUAUUACAAAAUGCAUAAGGCAUAAGGUCCACCGACUAUACUACGAAAUCAUGUGCCUUUUAUCAAUUUUGUACUGAAUUGACAGAUCGGUCAGACAAAUUGGGGCAAUCUGUCAUUUUAGUGGAUUGGAUAUAACAAGGAUUAGUAUAUAAGUUUUUCAAGUUUCAUGUAAAUUUUAUAUUUAAUUACACAAACGGGUCUACCGCGAUAUAAUUUCAUUGUUUUUACCUUUAAUUCCUACGUUUCAGCUGACCCGCGGUAGACCCGUUUGUGUAAUUAAAUAUGUGUACAAAACGCGAGAGUUUAAUGUGUUAUAAGUUUAAUACUGUAAAACGAGCAUCAAGUACAGUACAAGAUAUAUUGGAGCUGCCAAGGUGUUCACAAAUAUCUGAAAAAAGCGUAUAUUAUUAUCAAGGCCCAUAUUUUUUGGCACCUUUGCCGCUCCUAUAGGUAUAUCUGACAGCGUUUGUACCUGAGGAAUGUAUGGGUGUAGUGUUAACUGUUAACAUACCUACAUGGUAGCUUUCAAUUAGUGAACUUAGAAUUAAGUUUAAUAUAAAUAAGAAAAUAUCUUUUGACAUGUUUCUUGUAUUAACGAAGUGUAUAUUUCCUUUUUUUUUUUUUGACAUUAACUGUAAUAACCCUUUCAUCGCCAAAGGAGAUCCCGGCUUUUUUUUUAACUCAAAAUCACAAGAUGGAAAGCCUGCAGAGAAUAAAGUGUUACGCUUGAAUUUGUAGAAUAUUUCUUUAGGGCCACUUGCAUCAUUCAGUAACCCGGGGUUAACCGGUUAAACCUGGAGUUAUGGUUUACUAAUACAAUUUGAAACUGGGUUAACGGUUUAACCCCGGGCUAGUGGGAUGGUGCAAAUGGACCUUAGUAGAAUAAAAUAAUAUUAACACAUUCAACACCAAGAACCCGACUGUCGGGUACACUGUUCGUAGCGACUACGCGCUACAUACGGCGAAACCGUGGCUUCGCGCUACGAGCGUAACCCGUAGCACUUAGUGGUAAUGAAUGUGUUAAGUACUAGGUACAGAAGGUUCACACUCAAAGCGUAUCUAUUCAUUCAAUCAAACUUUUAUUGAUAAAAUAUAAGUAUUUUACACAGAUAUGACUAUUACCAUGACUAUUACGACAGAUUGGCCGCUAGGUGGCGCAAGCGUGAGCAGGCGUCCGUUCCGUAGCGGUGCGCGGCAACUACUACUGCUAGACACCAAAAUUGGUGUGGGCCGCAUGUACUUGUAGCGACGCGACGAAAUCGUGGAGUGAGCCACGCCUGGCAAAAGUUUAAUAUCAAAAAUUAACCAACUAAGCGAGGGUAGAUACUAAUCUUAGAAAAGAUCAUAAUUUUACACUCUGCCCAUAAUUUUACCAACGAUGUUGGCGUGACUAAUUAUUUUGCGACGGUGAAAGGGUUAAAUUUAAACUAGGAAUAUCUGUGAUUUCAGCUCUGUCUUAGAGAAAAUAAAAAUAAUUAAAUAAGUUAUGACAAAAGAAGACGUUUUUGUUCGAAAAUAAAUAGUUAAAAAAUGUA